GUCGUGCGUGUUUCGAGCGUAUGGUGCGGAUACACAUAAAGAAAAGAUAGUGAUUAUUUUACGUUACUAUUAUUAUUGUAGUGUACGCGCUGUGCGUGCACACUAUGCUAGUUUUACAUAACUAGCUUCCUACAUGAGUGCUGUGUGGUUUGUUUAGCAGUCUCUCUCUCAGCUAGCACCGGGUGCUGGUUAAUACAGAAGACUUUCAUUUCAGCGCACUUACAGUAAUAAGAAGUCAUGGCGGAUGUUACUGCACGUAGUUUGCAGUAUGAAUACAAAGCGAACUCUAACUUGGUGUUGCAAGCGGACAGAUCUCUCAUCGACCGAACCCGCAGAGAUGAGCCCACCGGAGAGGUGCUGUCUUUGGUCGGAAAACUGGACGGGACCAAAAUGGGAGACAGAAGCCAGAGAACCAAACCCCAGAUGCUGGAGGAAAGGAGAGCAAAGAGGAGAAAGAGAGACGAGGACAGACAUGACAUUAACAAGAUGAAGGGCUUCACACUGUUGUCUGAGGGCAUUGAUGAGAUGGUGGGCAUUGUGUACAAGCCCAAGACCAAAGAGACCAGAGAAACAUAUGAAAUCCUGCUCAGCUUCAUUCAGGCCGCUCUUGGAGAUCAGCCAAGGGAUAUCCUAUGUGGAGCAGCAGAUGAGGUGUUGGCUGUGCUGAAAAAUGACAAGAUGAGAGACAAAGAGAGGAGGAGGGAGGUGGAGCAGCUGUUGGGGCCUACAGAUGACACACGUUACCAUGUCCUGGUCAACCUGGGCAAGAAGAUCUCUGACUAUGGAGGAGACAAAGAGCUACAGAAUAUGGAUGACAACAUAGAUGAAACCUAUGGAGUCAAUGUGCAGUUUGAGUCCGAUGAGGAGGAGGGUGAUGAGGACCAGUAUGGAGAGGUUCGGGAUGAAGGCUCUGAUGACAGUGAGGGAGAAGAGGCAGAUGAAAGCAGCACACUGACUGCAAAUCUGGGAAACACAGGAGAUGUAAUGAUGACCAAAAAGAAGGACCUUCACCCUCGAGACAUCGAUGCCUUCUGGCUUCAGCGACAGCUCAGUCGCUUCUACAAUGAUGCCAUUGUGUCCCAGAAAAAAGCAGACGAGGUCUUGGAGAUCCUUAAGACUGCCAGUGAUGACAGAGAGUGUGAGAACCAGUUGGUGCUGCUUUUAGGCUUCAACACAUUCGACUUCAUCAAGGUCCUGCGCCAGCACAGGCGGAUGAUUCUGUACUGCACCAUGUUGGCCAGUGCUCAAAGUGAAGCAGAGAAGGAAAAGAUCAUUAAUAAAAUGGAGGCCGAUCAGGAUCUUUCCAAAGUUCUCUACCAGCUGCAGGAGACUGAAAAAGAGGACAUCAUCAGGGAGGAGAGAUCUCGCCGGGAGAGAAUGAGAAAGUCUCGUGUGGAUGAUCUGGAGUCUAUGGACAUUGAUCAUGGCGAGUCUGUGUCCUCAAGGCAGCUAUUAGACCUAGAAGAUCUGACCUUCUCUCAAGGUAGUCAUUUCAUGGCCAACAAGCGAUGCCAGCUGCCUGAUGGCUCCUUCCGCAAACAGAGAAAGGGCUAUGAGGAGGUCCAUGUGCCUGCACUCAAACCCAAACCCUUUGGUGAUGAAGAGACUUUGGUGGGUAUUGAGAAACUGCCCAAGUACGCUCAAGCUGGAUUUGAAGGAUUUAAAACCUUGAAUCGCAUACAGAGUAAACUCUUCAAAACCACUAUGGAGACUGAUGAGAAUCUUCUGGUUUGCGCUCCAACGGGUGCUGGUAAAACAAAUGUUGCUCUCAUGGCAAUGCUCAGAGAGAUCGGGAAGCACAUUAACAUGGAUGGCACUAUCAAUGUUGCAGAUUUUAAGAUCAUUUACAUCGCUCCUAUGCGCUCACUGGUACAGGAGAUGGUGGGCAGCUUUGGCAAGCGCUUGGCUAGUUAUGGCAUCAUUGUUUCUGAGCUGACCGGAGACCAUCAGCUAUGCAAAGAGGAAAUAAACGCCACUCAGAUUAUAGUGUGCACGCCAGAGAAAUGGGACAUCAUUACAAGGAAAGGAGGAGAACGAACAUACACACAGCUUGUGCGCCUUAUCAUUAUUGAUGAGAUCCACUUGCUGCAUGAUGACCGUGGCCCAGUCCUGGAGUCACUGAUUGCUCGAACCAUCCGUAAUGUGGAGCUGACGCAGGAAGACGUGAGGCUCAUCGGCCUGAGCGCCACGCUGCCUAACUAUGAGGAUGUGGCAACCUGCCUUCGUGUGGAUCCGUCAAAGGGACUCUUUUAUUUUGACAACAGUUUCCGACCUGUGCCUCUGGAACAAACCUAUGUGGGAAUUACAGAGAAAAAGGCCAUCAAGCGCUUUCAGAUCAUGAAUGAAAUCGUCUAUGAGAAGAUCAUGGAACAUGCUGGAAAGAAUCAGGUGUUGGUGUUUGUGCACUCGAGAAAGGAGACCGGGAAGACGGCUCGAGCAAUCAGGGACAUGUGUUUGGAGAAGGACACUCUGGGGUUAUUCUUGAGGGAGGGUUCAGCCUCCACUGAGGUCCUGAGGACUGAGGCAGAGCAGUGCAAGAACCUGGAGCUGAAGGAUCUUCUGCCGUAUGGUUUUGCUAUUCACCAUGCCGGAAUGACCAGAGUGGACAGAACGCUGGUAGAGGAUUUGUUCGCUGACCGUCACAUCCAGGUUCUGGUCUCCACGGCCACUCUGGCCUGGGGUGUGAACUUGCCAGCUCACACUGUCAUAAUCAAAGGUACACAGGUUUACAGCCCAGAGAAAGGCAGAUGGACGGAGUUGGGAGCCCUGGACAUCCUACAGAUGUUGGGUCGUGCUGGCAGGCCGCAGUAUGACUCUAAAGGAGAGGGUAUUCUGAUCACUUCCCAUGGAGAGCUGCAGUAUUACCUGUCCCUGCUCAAUCAGCAGCUGCCCAUCGAAAGCCAGAUGGUGGGAAAACUAGCUGACAUGCUGAAUGCAGAGAUUGUGUUGGGCAAUGUGCAGACUGCCAAGGAUGCUGUAAAUUGGCUUGGAUACACAUACCUGUAUGUGCGCAUGCUGCGUAACCCCACACUAUACGGCGUGUCCCACGAUGACCGCAGCAUAGACCCCCUGCUGGAGCGUCGCAGGAUGGACCUCGUGCACACGGCAGCUACCGUCCUGGAGAAGAACAACCUGGUCAAAUACGACAAGAGAUCUGGCAGCUUUCAGGUGACAGACCUGGGGCGCAUCGCCAGUCAUUUCUACAUCACCCAUGAGUCCAUUAUGACUUACAACCAGCUGCUGAAACCCACGCUGAGUGAGAUUGAGCUCUUCAGGGUGUUCUCGCUUUCAUCUGAGUUUAGGAACAUUACUGUCAGAGAGGAAGAAAAACUUGAGCUUCAAAAACUGCUGGAGAGAGUUCCCAUUCCAGUGAAGGAAAGCAUUGAAGAGCCCAGUGCAAAGAUUAACGUGCUGCUGCAGGCUUAUAUCUCUCAGCUCAAACUGGAGGGCUUUGCUUUAAUGGCCGACAUGGUCUAUGUGACGCAGAGUGCUGGCAGGCUGAUGAGGGCUAUCUUUGAGAUUGUUUUGAGCAGAGGCUGGGCCCAACUUACCGACAAGACUUUGAACCUCUGCAAGAUGAUUGACAAAAGGAUGUGGCAGUCGAUGUCUCCGUUGCGUCAGUUUCGCAAGCUUCCAGAAGAGGUCAUCAAGAAGAUUGAGAAGAAAAACUUCCCCUUCGAGCGUCUCUAUGAUCUGAACCACAAUGAAAUCGGGGAGUUGAUCCGCAUGCCAAAGAUGGGGAAGACCAUUCACAAGUACGUCCAUCAGUUCCCUAAACUGGACCUGGCAGUUCAUCUGCAGCCCAUCACACGCUCCACUCUGAAAGUAGAGCUCACAAUCACACCCGAUUUCCAGUGGGAUGACAAGAUACACGGCUCAUCUGAAGCCUUCUGGAUCUUGGUGGAGGAUGUGGACAGUGAAGUCGUCCUUCAUCAUGAGUACUUUCUCCUGAAGGCCAAGUACGCUCAGGAUGAACAUCUUGUGACUUUCUUUGUGCCUGUGUUUGAGCCGCUGCCACCACAGUAUUUCAUUCGCAUAGCUUCAGACCGCUGGCUUUCGUGUGAGACACAGCUGCCUGUUUCCUUCCGUCACCUGAUCCUGCCAGAGAAAUAUCCUCCUCCCACCGAGCUGCUGGACCUGCAGCCUUUACCUGUGUCUGCUCUGAGAAACGGAGCCUUCGAGAGUCUCUACCAGAACUUCCCCUUUUUCAAUCCAAUCCAGACUCAAGUGUUCAAUGCUGUGUACAACAGCGAUGACAAUGUUUUUGUUGGCGCUCCAACGGGCAGCGGGAAGACCAUCUGUGCAGAGUUUGCCAUUCUUAGGAUGCUGCUCCACAACGCAGAGGGCCGCUGUGUCUACAUCACACCUAUGGAGGCUCUGGCUGAACAGGUCUUCCUUGAUUGGCACCAAAAGUUUCAGGAGAAUUUGAAUAAAAAGGUUGUUUUACUCACCGGUGAGACGAGCACUGACCUGAAGCUGCUGGGGAAAGGUGACAUCAUCGUCAGCACCCCAGACAAGUGGGACAUCUUAUCUCGACGCUGGAAACAGAGGAAGAACGUGCAAAACGUCAGCCUCUUCGUUAUAGAUGAGGUUCAUCUCAUUGGAGGAGACAAUGGACCUGUGUUGGAGGUGAUUUGCUCCAGGAUGAGGUACAUCUCCUCUCAGAUUGAGCGGCCCAUUCGUAUUGUGGCCCUCAGCUCCUCUUUGUCCAAUGCUAAAGAUGUGGCUCAUUGGCUCGGCUGCAGCACCACAGCCACUUUUAACUUCCACCCCAAUGUCAGGCCGGUUCCUUUGGAGCUUCACAUCCAGGGCUUCAAUGUGAGUCACACACAGACUCGUCUGCUGUCCAUGGCUAAACCAGUGUAUCACGCCAUAAUGAAACAUUCCCCGUCCAAGCCAGUGCUGGUGUUUGUGCCAUCCAGACGCCAGACACGUCUCACAGCUAUUGAUAUCCUCACCUUCUGUGCUGCAGAUGUGGUUCCCCAGAGGUUCCUGCACUCAACAGAGAAAGAUCUGGUUCCAUUCAUGGAGAAUCUCUCUGAUGUUACACUGAGGGAGACUCUCUCUAACGGGGUGGGCUAUCUUCACGAGGGCCUUUCACCUACAGAGCGCAGGAUUGUGGAGCACCUGUUCACUUCUGGUGCGAUUCAGGUGGUGGUUGCGUCUCGCUCUCUCUGCUGGGGCACUAACAUUUCUGCACACCUGGUUAUUGUCAUGGACACACAAUACUACAAUGGCAAAAUUCAUGCAUAUGUGGACUACCCAAUCUAUGAUGUGCUCCAGAUGGUUGGAAAAGCAAACCGUCCUCUCCAGGACGAUGAGGGUCGCUGUGUCAUCAUGUGUCAAGGGUCCAAAAAGGACUUCUUCAAGAAGUUCCUCUAUGAGCCUCUGCCUGUAGAAUCUCACCUGGACCACUGCCUUCAUGACCAUUUCAAUGCUGAGAUCGUCACCAAGACGGUGGAGAACAAGCAGGAUGCUGUGGACUACCUGACAUGGACCUUCCUGUACCGCCGCAUGACCCAGAAUCCCAACUACUACAAUCUGCAGGGUAUGUCUCAUCGUCAUCUGUCGGAUCAUCUGUCUGAGCUGGUGGAAAACACCUUGCAGGAUCUGGAACAGUCCAAGUGCAUCAGCAUCGAGGAUGAGAUGGACGUAGCACCUCUUAAUCUGGGCAUGAUUGCAGCCUACUAUUACAUCAACUACACCACUAUUGAGCUGUUCAGUAUGUCUCUGAAUGCCAAGACAAAGGUGCGUGGCCUCAUCGAGAUCAUCUCCAAUGCUGCAGAGUAUAAAAACAUUCCCAUCAGGCACCAUGAAGACACUCUUCUACGACAGCUGGCUCAGAAAGUCCCUCACAAGCUGAACAACCCCAAAUUCAAUGACCCUCACGUGAAGACCAACCUGCUGCUUCAGGCUCACCUGUCCCGCAUGCAGCUGAGCGCAGAGCUGCAGUCUGACACCGAGGAGAUCCUCAGCAAGGCGGUGCGUCUGAUCCAGGCGUGUGUAGACGUGCUCUCCAGUAACGGCUGGCUGAGUCCAGCACUGGCUGCUAUGGAGUUGGCCCAGAUGGUGACGCAAGCCAUGUGGUCCAAAGACUCGUACCUCAGACAGCUGCCACACUUCACCUCUGAACUCAUCAAGCGCUGCACGGACAAGGGUGUUGAGAGUAUCUUUGACAUCAUGGAGAUGGAGGAUGAGGAUCGCACUGGACUCCUGCAGCUCUCGGAUGUCCAGGUGGCAGAUGUGGCUCGUUUCUGUAACCGAUACCCCAACAUUGAGCUCUCGUAUGAAGUGGCCGACAAAGAAGACAUCAAGAGUGGGAGUCCAGUGGUGGUGCAGGUGCAGCUGGAGAGAGAAGAGGAGGUCACAGGCCCCGUCAUCGCCCCUCUCUUCCCUCAGAAACGUGAAGAAGGCUGGUGGGUCGUCAUCGGUGACCCUAAAUCAAACAGUUUGAUCUCAAUCAAGAGGUUAACUCUGCAACAGAAGGCCAAGGUGAAGCUGGACUUUGUGGCUCCUGUGGUCGGUGUGCACAACUACACUCUGUACUUCAUGAGCGACGCUUACAUGGGCUGCGAUCAGGAGUACAAGUUCAGCACAGACGUGAAGGAGGCCGACAGUGAAGGAGACAGCGACAGCGAUUAAGCCCACAGUAGACGGACGGUUUGAGCCCGUUAACUCUUUUUAUAUAUAUUUUUGAGGAAUAACGUAACUGUUAAGUUCAUUGUGGUUUGAAUAAAGAUGUACAUUGGA